CAUCCGUUUGAAAAGAAAUUGAUGAAGUUGAUGAUAGAAAAAAAAAAAUUGACAUCAAAUAUAGUGGAUGGAUUCAAAAAAGUUUGUGAUAAUAGGAAACUAGCAAUUUACACGUCUGAAGAAGUACAGAAAAUAACAAAUCUUAAAAUAACAUGUAACUUAGUUGCUAUCGAUACAGGACGCGUAGACAAUUUAGCCAUGAUUUUAUCUAAAAACAAUCCAUUCACAGACGUUAUCAAUUUUCACUUGCAGAAAUUUAUCGACAAUGGAAUGAUAAAUCGUUUAAAGGAUACGACAUUUAAGAAGAAAUUGAAUGAUGUGAUGAAGCAUAAACCGGUUCGCAUAAACAAUGUUAUGUCGCUUAUUUUCUUCAUCCAAACUGGUAUCAUUUUGAGUACAUUUAUUCUAAUCAUAGAAAAGUGUAUAUUUUCUUCUAAGAUGAAGAAGAUGUCAAUAGUAGAUCGUACCCCUUCAAUUAAAUCGUCAGAAGUCUACGUAAAAGAGAAGAGAAGUAUAAAAAAUGUUGCAAAAGAUCACGGGAACCGAAAACGACAACGUUAAUGUUCGUUUUCAACGAAUUGUUCUUAUUGCUUGUAAUUUUCUAAUAUGAUACAUAUUCUUAAUUGGUUAUAAGAAUUAUCUACGAUAAUCUCGCGUAUGCGCAUAUGAAGAAAGAUUAGAUUAGAUUUACAGCGUUUGUAGGUAGUAAAUCAUUUUGUCAAAUAAUUGCCUCGUUCAUAUUAAUCGGUUGAUGUUAAAUUAUUUUAAUGAUUUCAACAUUUUAUUUUAAGGUAUUGCAUUUUGCUAUGUAUCGUAUGUAGAAUAAUAUAAAUGUGUAAAGUAUGUAUGUAGAUAUACAAAUAUAGAC